UUUUCCAUUGAUCUUACCUUGGAACUUGAGCGCCAGCUUGACAAUGAAUCAAACCCGAACUCGCCAGUGGAUGCCACAGAACGUCCUCAUUCCCUAGAUUCUCAUGUUCUUGCUUCAAUUGUCACUCAGUUGAGACUAUCACUCGCAGAUGUCACAAAAGAACGAGAUGAACUCUCACAGACAGUCGUUGAAGUGCGGGCCCGCGAGGCAGGAACUGCAGACACACUUGGGCAUAUGACGGAAAAAUGCUCAAAGAUGCAGGAGGAACUGGAUAAUGCUCGUACAAAGAUUAAGGAUGACGAAGAUACGAUAUCAAUACUCAGGACGAAAGUCGAGGAAAGCAGGCGUGGCCUCAUGCGUCUACAGUCUGAAAACCGACGGGCGAGUCAAGUGCCUUCAGCUCUUGACUUGUCUAGAGCGGGCAUCCCUUCCUUUAAUGGUCCGCCAUCCUCUAAGCGCGCAUCAUUGAUAGGAUCAACGACUGGGCGUAACAAUGCCCACAAGCGAAUAUCCUCGGUCUCCGACAAUAACUUCUCGCUCGACAGCUCUCAUUUGACAUCCCCUGUUGGCACUCCAACUCCCGCGACUUUCACCCUUCCCGAUGUGCAGAAAAGCAGGACCCAACAGCCUGCCCACACCAGGAGGAUGUCUGGCAUGUUCGGUCGUGGCUCGCCACCGCAGUCUCUUUUCCCCUCGGAAGAGUUUGCUGAGUUGGAAAUGCUACGCCGGGAGCUCAACUCUGUGAAGGCCGAACUGGAUGAUGUGAAGCAUGAGCUGAGUGAAACAAACGAGGCUCGCGAAGCUUCAGACACUUGUGUCAAAGCUCUACGGGAAUUCAUUGAAGAGAACCAAGUUGGUGCUGUGCCGAAGAGCCUUCCCCCUUCAGCUGCAGAGGUCAAGAAAGCACCACCACCACCAGCUGCCGCUGGGUGGGGAUUCAAGCUCUGGCGAGCAGAUUCCUUGACGCAGAAUCCUGCGCUGGCCUCUUCAUCCCCCGUCGCACCCGUUACCCACGCUGCCUCCCCAUCACUAUCAUCGUUGACACCCCCCGUUCCCCUCUCCAAGAAAUUGGGCGACUUCUUUGGUGCUCGCGCCAUGACAGCUGCUGCUUCGCAAACGCCGCCACGUGUUGAACAAGAGACAAUGUACAAUGGCAUGUCGGAUACAUCAUCCAUCGAGGAUUCUGUAGUCGAGCCCAUCAGCCCCGCUAGCGAGCGUCCCCGACCAGUUGUAUACGUACGAGAUACCACUAGCGUGACAUCAGAGUCA